AUGGUCAUGGCGUCCCCGGCCAUUGGGCAGCGCCCGUACCGGCUGCUCCUGGACCCAGAGCCGCCGCGCUACCUGCAGACCCUGAGCGGCCCGGAGCCGCCGCCGCAGCCGCCCGGUCGGGCCUCCCGCCGCUGCGCCCCGGUGCCCGUCUCCGCCGCGCCCGGGGCGCACGAGGGGCGCGGCGCCCGCAGGGCCCCCCGCGGGGACCCGGACCCCCCGCCGCGGGCCGCCCGCCCCGCUCGCCCUCUGCGGCCCGGGCUGCAGCAGAGGCUGCGGCGGCGGCCCGGAGCGCCCCGGCCGCGGGACGUGCGGAGCAUCUUCGAGCCGCCGCAGGACCCCCGCGUCCCGGCCGAGCGCGGCGAGGGGCACCGCUUCACCGAGCUGGCUCUGCCGAGCGGCCGCGGCUGGUGCGACCUGUGCGGCCGGGAGGUGCUGCGGGAGGCGCUGCGCUGCGCCAACUGUAAGUUCACCUGCCACCCAGAGUGCCGCCACCUGAUCCAGCUGGACUGUAGCCAGCAGCAAGGCCCGCUCCGGGACAGACCUUCUCCAGACUGCACGCUCACGCCGACCGCUGGCCAGAAUGUCUGCAAACCCGCGGAGGAGCCGCGGUGCCCGCCCACGCUGCAGGAGAUCAAGCAGCAGAUCGCCAGCUACAACAGCCGAGAGAAGAACUGCCUGGGCAUGAAGCUGAGUGAAGACGGCACCUACACGGGUUUCAUCAAAGUGCAUUUGAAACUGCGGCGGCCUGUGACAGUGCCCGCUGGCAUCCGGCCCCAGUCCAUCUAUGACGCCAUCAAGGAAGUGAACCUGGCGGCCACCACGGACAAGCGGACAUCCUUCUACCUGCCACUCGAUGCCAUCAAGCAGCUGCACAUCAGCAGCACCACCACGGUCAGCGAGGUCAUCCAGGGACUGCUCAAAAAGUUCAUGGUCGUGGACAAUCCCCAGAAGUUUGCACUUUUCAAGCGGAUACACAAGGAUGGGCAAGUGCUGUUCCAGAAGCUCUCCGUGGCUGAUUGCCCCCUCUACCUGCGCUUGCUGGCUGGGCCCGACACGGAUGUCCUCAGCUUUGUGCUCAAGGAGAACGAGACUGGGGAGGUGGAGUGGGAUGCCUUUUCCAUCCCCGAGCUCCAGAACUUCCUAACGAUCCUGGAAAAAGAAGAGCAGGACAAAAUCCAACAAGUGCAGAAGAAGUAUGACAAGUUUAGGCAGAAACUGGAGGAAGCCUUGAGAGAGUCCCAAGGCCAACCUGGCUAA